GUCAACUUUCAAAAACAAACCAAUUUGGUCCUAUAGAAAAUUUCAGACAAUCUCCCACUUUCUCUUCACAUACAAUGGCUAGAUACUAUAGAGAUUCCUACAUGGACUACCUAUCCUUACCCCCACUCCAUCUCUGUUUCUUCAUUUCCAUCCUCUUCUUCGUCCUCGGUUUUUCCUGGUACCUAAACUACGAAUCCGUGCUCGAAGAUUUCAUGAACCAACUCAAGUUCUUCCUCAUGCUAGCUCCUAUAGUGCUCCUCCUCUUGCUCCACUGCUUUUCGGGGAGGGUGCCGUCGUUGAUACCAGAACCGGAGAAGGAUUCGCUACAUAGGGCGGGAGGGUCUCCGUGGGGGGUGGCGUUAGUGCUUGUUUUGCUUCUUUAUAUGAUUUCAUAUCAGUCUUAUUUCCAUGAACGUUGGUUUCCAUUUGGGGUAUAAUGUAUAAAUUGAAAACCUAAGGUUGAGCUUUGCUUGUUAAUUUCUUUUUUGGCACACACAAGGCUUAAUUAUUACUUUGUAGCUUUUCAUGUUUAAAAUCUGUGUAAUAUGCUGUUGUAUAUGUAGGUAUUUUGUAAGAAUAUUCUAUAAGUUAGAACAUUUUAUGGAA